AGGAAUACAUAAGGUGGAAUAGCAGAUUGGGACACAAGUGGAUGGACAGUGAGCACCUUCUUUAUUGUAAGGUUGCUGAGCCUACUGAAACCUUCUGGUGAAGUUUCACUCUAACAUUUGAAGAUGGCAUCAGAAGAGGAGUAUGAUGAGGAGUUUGAGGAAGAGUACAUUGAGGAGAGUUCAUCGUUCACCACGACCACCUCAAUGUCUCAUGGUGCAGAGACUGGGCCUAGUGGUCUUCCCAAACGCACAGUCAGGAAGAAAGUGAAGGUGGACACCUCCAAGUUCAUGACCCCUUACCUGACACACUCUCAAAAGAUGCUUGACCAGUACAGCCAUAAUAAAUACAGGGAGGAAUAUGAAAAAUCAAAGGGGCAGCCUUAUGCCAUUUCGGCUGAUACACCUGAGAUGAUUCGCAUCAAGAAGGCCCAGGAGCAGCUCAGUGAGGUGAAAUAUCGUAUGGAGGGACUGAAGUCCAAAACCACCAGCCUCUAUGAUGGUGAGGCUCGUGAGAUUGCCCAUGUGAAGCGAGUCUCUGAGCUUAUCAGCAAAGUUCUGUAUAAACAGAAAUGGGAUGAGACCAAGGAUCGGUAUCUUCUCCCUCCUGAUGCCCCUGAACUGGUUCUUGCAGUUAGAAAUGCUGCAAAUUACAGCAAGAAACUGUACACAGAGGCAUGGGAUGAGGAUAAGACCAUGUACUAUCCAUACAGUGACAGCCCAGAGCUGCGCAGGGUGGCCAAGGCCCAAGAAGUCCUAAGCGAUAUUGUCUACAAAAAAGGCCACAAUGAGCGAAAGGCCAAGUACACGUCUCUGGCUGAUCCCCCAGAAAUGGAACUGGCCAGGAAAAACUUUGCCAAUCGCAGUAAUCUUAAAUAUCACGAGGACUACAAUAAGAAUGUUAAGGGCAAGUGGUGUGAAACUCCUUAUUUUGAUGUCGCUAUUGCAAGAAUGGCUAUGGACAACCUCAGUGAAAAAAAGUAUACGGCUGCUUUCGAAGACAUGAAAGACCAAAUUUAUUUCAUGCAAACUGACACACCAACAUAUGCCUCCAAUAAAAAGGCUUGUGACGCUGCGAGUACAGUCAAGUACAAGAAGGACUAUGAGAAGACAAAAGCUGUGUCCGGUUACAACGUUCUCCCUGCUACAGAGAACCCCCUUCUCAGACAGCUGAGAUACGCAGGCACCAUCUUGAGUGAUAAAGUAUAUAAGUCUAGCUAUGAGAAAUCGAAGGGAUCCAGUAUUAAUUACUGCGACACUCCCAAAUUCAAGAUGGACAGUGUACUGAAGAAGUUCAGUGAUGCACGUUAUAAAGAGAAAUAUGAAAAUGAGGUGAAAGGUCAUUAUGUUGGUAGCUUUGAAGAUAUAUUUUCAGUUCACUGUCAUAAGAUGGAAGAAAUGAAGAAUAAUCAAAAUUACAAAGCUGAUUAUGAGGAUAUGAAGUCAAGAUGUUUCUUCCCACAAACUUUUACGCAAGAAUAUGAAGCCCAUAAGAAGGUCCAACAAUGUAAAGAUAAAGUGUAUCGCCAACAUCCAGACAAGGUGAAGUUCACACAGGUGACAGACUCACCUGUCCAAUUGCAAGCUGCGAUCAACGCCAAACAGCUGAGCGAUAUCAACUACAAGGAAAAGUACGAGAAGGAGAAGUUUAAGUGUUAUCUCCCACCUGAUUACCCUUUCUUAAUUCAGUCCAGAGUUAACGCGUAUAACAUCAGUGAUACAUGUUACAAAUUCGAUUGGGAAAAGACAAAAGCAAAGAAAUUUGAGGUAAAAGGUGAUGCAAUUUCGAUCCUUGCAGCCCGCGCCCACACCAACAUCGCCAGUGAUGUGAAAUACAAGAAGGAAUAUGAAAAGAACAAAGGACAGAUGGUUGGGGCCCUCAGCAUCAAUGAUGACCCCAAGAUCUUACACUCUGUACAUGUUGCUAAGAUCCAGAGUGAGCGUGAGUAUAAGAAAGACUAUGAGAAGAUGAAGACCAAGUACCAUUCUCCACUGGACAUGAUGCUUGUGACUCUUGCUAAGAAAUCUCAGGCUAUUGCCAGCAUGACUGGCUACAAGAAAAUCCCAAAUCGUUACCUCAUGCCUUAUGACAGCAUAUCCCUGGACCAGGCAAAGAAGGCCAAUGCAAUCCAGAGUGAUAAUGAGUACAAGUCAGACUACAAUAACUAUGUCAAAGGAUCACCAUGGGUGCCUUAUGGCUCCUUGGAUGUUGAGCAGUCCAAGAAAGCAGCGGAUAUCUUAAGUGAGAGAAAGUACAGGCAGCAUCCAGAUACUGUACCUUUCACUGCCAUCGAUGACCAUCCUAUCCAGCUGCAGGCUAAAGUCAACCAGAUGAUGAGAAGUGAUCUGCACUAUAAGAAAGGUCUGGGCGCAGUCCUUCAGAAAUACUCCAUACCUCAUGAUGUGCCAGAGUUCAUUCAGGCGAAGUGUAACGCCUACAACAUAAGCAAUAAAUACUAUAAGCAAGAAUGGCUGAAGACUAUUGAAAAGGGGUAUGAUUUGAAGUCUGACGCAAUCUCUGUUAUUGCUGCAAAGGCAGCAAGACGCGCAGUUAGUGAUGUUCAGUACAAGAAACAGUAUAUGAAGGAUAGAGGCCAUCAUGUCGGCUUCCGUAGUCUCCAGGAUGACCCCUUGCUGGUGCACUACAUGCAUGUAGCCAAAAUGCAGAGUGAAAAGAACUACAAGAAGGAUUACCACAAGGCCAAACUGAAGUACCACUCCCCUGUGGACAUGCUGAGCGUCCUGCAGGCCAAGCGUUCUUCUGCAGUUCAAACAUAUGCAGGAUACAAGCAGCCUAUUCAUCAUUACACUUUGCUUCCUGGUGCCAUGCAACUGGAGUUAGCUCGCUCCAUGAACAACAGCUCCAGUGAUUAUCAGUAUAGACUGGAUUACGAGAACUAUGUAAAAGGCACUGGCUGGAUAACCAUUGGCUCACUGGACGUUGAGAAAGCAAAGACUGCUGGUGCAGCUCUCAAUGAGAAGAAGUAUAGACAGCACCCAGAUACUAUCAAGUUCACCUCCGUUAUGGACACCCCAGUCAUGGAACAAGCCAAAUUGAACGCACAGCAGCUAAGCAAUAAACUGUACAAAGCCAGUGGUGAGAAGUUUAUGCACACAUACCAUCUCCCAGCUGAUGCACCAGAACUCCUGCAAGCCAAAUACAACGCUGUCAAUGUCAGCAAGACCUACUAUACUUACGCACACAAGCAGGAUCUUCUGAAGGGACACCAUAUGAAGCAUGAUGCCAUUUCUAUUGUUGCUGCUAAGUCCUCUAGAGAUAUUGCCAGUGAUUACAAAUAUAAGCUUGCUUAUCAGAAGGCUAGAGGCCACCACGUUGGCUUCCGUAGUCUCCAGGAUGACCCUUUGCUGGUGCACUACAUGCAUGUAGCUAAGAUGCAGAGUGAAAAAAAUUACAAGAAGGAUUACCACAAGGCCAAGCUGAAGUACCACACUCCCGUCGACAUGCUGAGUGUUGUGCAGGCCAAGCACGCCACUAAGGUUCAGACGAAUGCAGGCUACAAGCAGCACCACCACAACUACGUCCUCCUUGCAGAUGCCAUGAACAUUCAACUGGCUCGUAACAUGAUGGAGAUCCAGAGCGAUAAUUUGUAUAAAUCAGAUUUCAACAACAUCUUCAAAGGAGCAGGUUGGGUUCCCAUAGGUUCUGUUGAUGUCGAAAAGGCCAAGGUUGCCAAAGCCGCUCUGGAUGAGAGGUCGUACAGAGUACACCCCAGUACACUGAAAUUCUCCAGUCUGACAGACCAGAUGAAUAUGGUCUUAGCCAUGAGCAACACAAAAAUACAAAACAAAGCAGCCUAUAAAGCCUCUGGAGAGAAAUUCAUGCACACCUACAAUUUACCUGCGGAUGCCCCAGGAUUCCUGCAGGCUAAAUAUAAUGCCCAGACAUUGAGUGAGUCACACUACAAGUCUCAGUGGCUUGCGGACAUUGCCAAAGGGUAUGACUUGAAAGCUGAUGCUAUUUCCAUAAUUGCUGCUAAACAUGGAAGACACAUUGCCAGCAAUUAUCAAUACAAAAAAGAAUUUGAAAAGGCAAGAGGCCACCAUGUCGGCUUCCGUAGCCUCCAGGACGACCCUUUGCUUGUGCACUACAUGGAGGUGGCUAAGAUACAGAGUGAAAGGAACUAUAAGAAGGAUUACCACAAGGCCAAACUGAAGUACCACACCCCUGUAGACAUGUUGAGUGUUGUGCAGGCCAAACACGCCACUGCGGUUCAGACAAAUGCUGGAUACAAGAAGAUCCGCCAUCAAUACACCCUCCUUCCUGAUGCCAUGCAACUGCAGUUAGCUCGCUCCAUGAACGUCAGCUCUAGUGAUGUUGAUUACAAGAGUGAGUACAACAACACUAUGAAAGGUGUUGGAUGGGUGCCCAUUGGUUCACUGGGAGUAGAGACCGCAAAGCUUGGAGGAAAGAUUCUGAGUGAACAUAAAUACCGCACUAGCCCCUCAAGUUACCCCUUUCAUAAGCUUAUGGACUCUAUGGAUCUCGCUUUGGCUACUGCCAACAACAAGAUUAUGAACAAGAAAGACUACCAUGCUGCCUGGGAAAAGGACAAACUCAAAAUUCAUGUGAUGCCUGACAGUCCUGAAAUUGUCCUGGCUAAGGCCAAUUCAAUAAACAUGAGCCAGAAACUCUACAAAGCUGGACUAGAAGAAAUGUACAAAAAGGGCUAUGAUCUCAAAGCAGAUGCAAUUUCGAUUGUUGCUGCCAAAGCCGGCAGGAAUAUUGCUAGUAAUUAUAGGUACAAGCUGCAAUACGAAAAGGCUAGAGGCCACCACGUUGGUUUCCGCAGUCUCCAGGACGACCCCUUGCUAGUGCACUACAUGCAGGUAGCCAAGUUGCAGAGUGAAAGGAACUACACAAAGGAUUACCACAAGGCCAAACUGAAGUACCACACACCUGUGGACAUGCUGAGUGUUGUGCAGGCCAAGCAUGCCUCUGCGGUUCAGACAAAUGCUGGAUACAAGCAGAUCCGCCAUCAAUACACCCUCCUUCCUGAUGCCAUGCAACUGCAGUUAGCUCGCUCCAUGAAUGUCAGCUCCAGUGAUGUUGAGUACAAGAGUGAAUACAACAGCAUUAUGAAAGGUGUUGGAUGGGUGCCCAUUGGCUCACUGGGAGUAGAGACUGCAAAGCUUGGAGGAAAGAUUCUGAGUGAACAUAAAUACCGCACUCACCCCUCCAAUUUCACCUUCCAAAAGCUUAUGGACUCUAUGGACAUCACUUUAGCUACUGCCAACAACAAGAUAAUGAACAAGCAAGCAUACACAGAUGCUUGGAACAAGGAAAAGCUGAAGAUCCAUAUCAUGCCUGACAGUCCUGAGAUUCUUCUUGCAAAGGCUAAUGCAAUCAAUAUGAGUGAGAAAGCCUACAAAGCAGGAUUGGAGGCCUUGAAGAAGAAGGGUCAUGACCUCAAAGCAGAUGCAGUAUCAGUGAUUGCAGCCAGGACCUCCACAAACAUUGCCAGCGAUUACAAGUACAAAAAGGAGUUCAUUAAAGCAAGAGGACAUCACGUCGGAUUCCGUAGUAUUCAGGAUGACCCCUUGCUGGUGCACUACAUGCAGGUGGCGAAGAUUCAGAGUGAUAAACUGUACAAGAAGGAUUACCACAAGUCCAAACUGAAGUACCACUCACCCGUGGACAUGUGGAGUGUUGUUCAAGCUAAGCAGGCCACGGCUGCUCAGACCUACACUGGAUACAAGCAGCGCAUUUCACAUUACACAGUUCUGCCUGGUGCCAUGAACCUGGAGCUCGCUCGCAACAUGCAGAUGAUUGCAAGCGAUAAUAUUUACAAAUCUGAGUACAACAACUACAUGAAAGGAGUUGGAUGGAUUCCCAUUGGGUCUCUGGAAGUGGAGAAAGCAAAGAUUGCUGGCCGGAUAGGCAGUGAGAAACAGUACCGCACACCCCCCAGUAACUUUAAGUUCACUAAAGACAUGUCUUCCAUGGAUUUGGUUCUAGCUGCAACCAACAAUGCCAUUAAUAAUAAGCAAAAGUAUAUUCAAGCUUGGGAGAAAGACAAAACCAAGAUUCACAUUAUGCCUGAUGCCAUGGAUGUGGCUCUUGCUCGUCAGAAUAAAGCUAUUUACAGUGAGAAACUUUACAAACUUGCCAAUGAACAAGCAAAGAAGAAAGGUUAUGAUUUACGUUCUGAUGCCAUCGCAAUUAAAGCUGCUAAAGCAUCACACGCUAUUGCUAGUGAUUACAAGUACAAGACUGGUUAUCGUAAGCAAGUUGGUCACCACAUUGGAGCCCUCAGUGUGCAGGACGAUCCACUGCUCAUGCUGGCAUUGAACUCAGCCAAGAUCGCUAGUGAUGCUCUUUACAGGAAGGACUUCAACAAAUCCAAGACCAAGUUCAACCUCCCAGUGGACAUGAUCGCAUUUGAAUUGGCCAAGAAGAACCAGAUCCAAGUCAAUGAUGCCAACUACAGAACCUAUCUGCACAACUGGACCUGCUUACCAGAUUCCAGUGAUGUUGUCCAGGCCAGACAUGUCUAUGAUCUCCAAAGUGAUGCAGUGUACAAGGCUGAUCUGAAAUGGCUUAAAGGACUUGGAUGGGUCCCCAUUGGUUCUAUUGAUGUUGAGAAGGUGAAAAAGGCUGGACAAAUCUUGUGCGAAAAAUCUUAUCGUCAGCACCCAAGCAACUUCAAGUUCACCUGCACAACUCAAGACAUGCCACUUGUCUUGGCCAAAGCCAAUAAUGAGAUCAUGAACAAGUCAAAAUAUGUUGAAGCUUGGAACAAAGAUAAGACGACGAUUCACAUAAUGCCUGAUGCAAUGGAUGUGGUACUUGCAAAACAAAACAAGUCCAACUAUAGUGAGAGACAAUAUAAACUGGCCAAUGAACUGGCCAAGAAGAAGGGUUAUGAUAUGCGUAAUGACGCCAUUUCCAUCCUCGCUGCCAGAGCCUCCAGGGAUAUUGCCAGUGAUUACAAGUACAAGACUGGUUAUCGUAAGCAAGUUGGUCAUCACAUCGGAGCCCGCUGCGUGCAGGACGAUCCACUGCUCAUGCUGGCCUUGAACUCAGCCAAGAUUGCUAGUGAUGCUCUCUACAAGAAGGACUUUAACAAAUCCAAGACCAAGUUCCACCUUCCAGUGGACAUGAUCGCUUUUGAAUUGGCCAAGAAGAACCAGAUCCAAGUCAAUGAUGCCAACUACAGGACCUAUCUGCACAACUGGACAUGCCUGCCAGACUCCAAUGAUGUUGUCCAGGCCAGACAAAACUAUGACCUCCAGAGUGAUGCUGUUUAUAAGGCUGAUCUCAAAUGGCUUCAAGGCCUUGGAUGGGUCCCUAUAGGUUCGAUUGAUGUUGAGAAGGUGAAAAAGGCUGGAGAAAUCUUGAGUGAGAGGAAGUACCGUCAGCACCCAAGCAACUUCAAGUUCACCUGCACAACUGAAGACAUGCCGAUGGUCUUGGCUAAAGCCAACAAUACUGUUAUGAACAAGCAACAAUAUGUUGAAGCAUGGAACAAAGACAAAACCAAGAUCCAUGUUAUGCCAGAUACUAUGGACAUUGUACUUGCAAAACAGAACAAGGCCAACUACAGUUUGAAAUCAUACAAGCUUGCAAAUGAGGAAGCUAAAAAGAAGGGCUAUGACCUGCGCAGUGAUGCCGUUUCCAUCAAAGCAGCCAAGGCUUCGAGGGACAUUGCCAGUGAUUACAAGUACAAGACAGGUUAUCGUAAGCAAGUUGGUCACCACAUUGGAGCCCGCUGCGUGCAGGACGAUCCACUGCUCAUGCUGGCCUUGAACUCAGCCAAGAUUGCUAGUGAUGCUCUCUACAAGAAGGACUUCAACAAAUCCAAGACCAAGUUCAACCUCCCAGUGGACAUGAUUGCUUUUGAAUUGGCCAAGAAGAACCAGAUCCAAGUCAAUGAUGCCAACUACAGAACUUACCUGCACAACUGGACCUGCUUACCAGAUUCCAAUGAUGUUGUCCAGGCCAGACAAAACUAUGACCUCCAAAGUGAUGCUGUGUACAAGGCUGAUUUAAAAUGGCUCAAAGGAAUUGGAUGGGUACCCAUUGGUUCAAUUGAAGUUGAGAAAGCGAAAAAGGCAGCAGAAAUCCUAAGUGAAAGGAAGUAUCGUCAGCACCCAAGCAACUUCAAGUUCACCGGCACAACUCAAGACAUGCCACUUGUCUUGGCCAAAGCCAAUGCAGGCAUCAUGAACCAGAAAUCUUAUGUGGAAGCUUGGGAAAAGGAUAAGACCAAGAUCCAUGUAAUGCCAGACACAAUGGAAAUAUUGCUUGCCAAACAGAACAAAACCAACUAUAGUGUGAAACAAUAUAAGCUUGCCAAUGAGGAGGCCAAACUGAAAGGCUAUGACAUGCGCGGUGAUGCCAUUUCUAUAAAAGCAGCUAAAGCCUCUCGGGAUAUCAUCAGUGAUUACAAGUACAAGACUGGAUAUCGUAAGCAAGUUGGUCAUCACAUCGGAGCCCGCUGCGUGCAGGACGAUCCACUGCUCGUGUUGGCCUUGAACUCUGCCAAGAUUGCUAGUGAUGCUCUCUACAAAAAGGACUUUAACAAAAUCAAGACAAAGUUCCACCUCCCAGUGGACAUGAUCGCUUUUGAACUGGCCAAGAAGAACCAGAUUCAAGUCAAUGAUGCCAACUACAGAACUUACCUGCACAACUGGACCUGUCUGCCAGACUCAAAUGAUGUUGUCCAGGCCAGACAUGUCUAUGAUCUCCAAAGUGAUGCUGUGUACAAGGCUGAUCUCAAAUGGCUUCAAGGCCUUGGAUGGGUCCCGAUUGGUUCAGUUGAUGUUGAGAAGGUGAAAAAGGCUGGAGAAGUCCUGAGUGAGAGGAAAUAUCGUCAGCACCCAAGCAACUUCAAGUUCACCUGCACAACUGAAGACAUGCCGAUGGUCUUGGCAAAAAGUAAUGCUGGCAUUGGCAACAAGAAACUGUACACUGAAGCUUGGGACAAGGCUAAAACCAAAAUCCAUCUUAUGCCUGACUGUAUGGAUGUUCUGUUGGCAAAACAGAACAAUAUAAAUUACAGUGAGAAAAGGUAUAAACUUGCCCAUGAAGAAUCUAAGAAGAAGGGCUAUGAUUUGCGUGGUGAUGCCAUUGCGAUUAAAGCAGCUAAGGCAUCCAGGGAUAUCAUCAGUGAUUACAAGUACAAGACUGGAUAUCGUAAGCAAGUUGGUCAUCACAUUGGAGCUCGCUGCGUCCAGGAGGAUCCACUGAUCAUGCUGGCCUUGAACUCAGCCAAGAUUGCUAGUGAUGCUCUCUAUAAGAAGGACUUCAACAAAUCCAAGACCAAGUUCAAUCUCCCAGUGGACAUGUUGGUUCUGGAACUGGCUAAGAAAUGCCAGAUCCAGGUCAAUGAUGCUAAUUACAGAACUUACCUGCACAACUGGACCUGUCUGCCAGACUCCAAUGAUGUUGUCCAGGCCAGGAAGGUCUAUGAUCUGCGUAGUGAUGCUGUGUACAAAGCAGACAUGGAGUUUAUGACCGGUAUUGGAUGGGUCCCCAUUGGCUCGCUUGAUGUCCUGAAAGCAAAGAAAGCAGCUGAGAUCCUCAGUGAUCGACUCUACAAACAGAAACCAGACACAUUCAAAUAUACUCAAGAUAUGCAGUCCAUGCCCAUAGUGCUGGCCAAGGCAAAUGCUCAAAUUAUGAAUCAGCAACAGUACCAUGCAGCAUGGGAGGCUGACAAGAUCAAGAUCCAUAUUCCUCCCGAUAUUCCAGAGAUUGUGCUCUCAACUGCUAAUGCAAUUAACAACAGUAGGAAACGAUACAGACAAAACGUUGAAGAAAUCUUCAAGAAAGGUUAUGACCUUAAAUCUGAUGCAGUCGCCAUCAGAGCAGCCAAAGCAUCCAGAGACAUUAUUAGCGAUUACAAGUACAAGACUGGGUACCGUAAACAAGUUGGUCAUCACAUUGGAGCUCGCUGCGUCCAGGAGGAUCCACUGAUCAUGCUGGCCUUGAACUCAGGAAAGAUUGCUAGUGAUGCUCUCUACAAGAAGGACUUCAACAAAUCCAAGACCAAGUUCCACCUUCCAGCAGACAUGUUGACUCUUGAACUGGCUAAAAAAUGCCAGAUCCAGGUCAAUGAUGCCAACUACAGAACCUACCUGCACAAUUGGACCUGCCUGCCAGACUCCAAUGAUGUUGUCCAGGCCAGGAAGGUCUAUGAUCUUCAGAGCGAUGCUGUGUAUAAGGCUGAUAUGGAAUGGAUCAGAGGCACAGGAUGGGUUCCCAUUGGCUCGCUUGAUGUAGAAAAGGCCAAAAAGGCUGGUCAGAUUCUGAGUGACAGGAAGUACAAACAGCCUCCAAGCAACUUCAAGUUUACAAGCACCACAGAUUCUGUGCCAUUUGCUCUUGCCCAAGCCAAUGCCGCUAUCAUGAACAAGAAAGCAUAUGUUGAAGCCUGGAAUAAUGACAAGAUCCAUUUAAAUAUCAAGCCAGACACCCCUGAGAUUAUACUUGGAAAACAGAACAAACUCAACAACAGCAUUAAAUAUUACCGCAAAGACUAUGAGGAGAGCCUUAAGAAGGGCUACUUCCUGCCUAAAGAUGCCAUUGCAGUGAAAGCUGCCAAGGCCUCCAGGGAUAUUAUUAGUGAUUACAAGUACAAGGUUGGCUACAGGAAGCAACAAGGACACCACAUUGGAGCCCUCAGCAUCCACGAUGAUCCUUUAAUCAUGCUUGCCUUGAACUCAGGAAAGAUUGCUAGUGAUAAUCUGUACAAGAAAGAUUUCAACAAAUCCAAGACCAAGUUCCACCUUCCAGUAGACAUGUUGACUCUUGAGCUGGCUAAGAAAUGCCAGAUCCAAGUCAAUGAUGCCAACUACAGAACCUACCUGCACAACUGGACCUGCCUGCCAGACUCUAACGAUGUCGUCCAAGCCAGAAAGGUCUACGACCUGCGCAGUGAUGCUGUAUACAAAGCUGACCUGGAGUGGAUCCGUGGAUGUGGAUGGUUGACGCAAGGAUCUGUUGAUGUCAUCAAAGUCAAGAAUGCUCAAACGAUCCUCAAUGAAAAACUGUACCGCCAGCCUCCCAGCACUAUCAAGUUCACCAGUGCUGUGGAUCUGCCAGCCAUCGUCCUGUCCAAGCAAAAUGCUGAAAACCUCAGUGAUAGGAGAUACAGAGAAAAAUGGGAGAAAGAUAAGACAUCUGUCCACAUCAUGCCAAAUACACCUGCCAUUGAGUUGUCCAGAGCUAAUGCCAUUGCCGUCAGCAAUAAAAUGUACACCCAAACCUGGGAUGAUACGAAGGCAAAGGCAUACCACAUCAAAGAGGACGCCAUCUCUGUUCUUAAGGCCAGAGUCUCUAGAGAUAUAGUCAGUGACUACAAAUAUAAGACUGGUUAUCGUAAGCAAGUUGGUCAUCACAUUGGAGCCCGCUGCGUCCAGGAUGAUCCACUGAUCAUGUUGGCCAUUAACUCAGCCAAGAUUGCUAGUGAUGCUCUCUACAAGAAGGACUUCAACAAAUCCAAGACAAAGUACCACCUACCGGCAGACAUGUUGACACUUGAGCUGGCUAAAAAAUGCCAGAUCCAGGUCAAUGAUGCUAAUUACAGAACCUACCUGCACAACUGGACCUGUCUCCCAGACGCAAAUGAUGUUGUCCAGGCCAGGAAGGCAUAUGACCUCCAGAGUGAUGCUGUUUACAAGGCUGAUAUGGAAUGGCUGAGGGGAUGUGGAUGGAUUCCCCAUGAGUCUGUUGAAGUCAUAAAAGUGAGGAAUGCUCAAAAGGUCCUUGCUGAUAGAGGCUACCGUGUUAAGGUGGAUGAGCAGAAAUAUACAACACCCAUUGACAGAAUUGACUUAGUCCGUUCCAAAAAUGCUGCUGACGUUCUUAAUGAGGCUAAGUACCGUGAGGCCUGGCACCAGGAAAAGACUAAGUACACCAUGUCGGAAACCCCACUUCUGGUUACAGCCAGGGAGGUUGCAAAAAUGCACCACCCGAAACUUUACACCAAGAACUGGGACAAAACCAAGUCCACGUCAUACUUCAUGCCUGGAGAUGCUGUCCCGAUUAAACAAUGCAUCAGCACCUCAAAAGUGCAGAGUAAUUACAAGUACUUAGAGGGGUACCGUAAGCAAGUUGGACAUCACAUCGGUGCCCUCAGCAUCCAAGAUGAUCCAUUGCUCAUGCUGGCCUUGAACUCAGCCAAGAUUGCCAGUGAUGCUCUCUACAAGAAGGACUUUAACAAAUCCAAGACAAAGUUCAAUCUCCCAGUGGACAUGGUGUCAUUCGAACACGCAAAGAAGUGCCAGAUUCAAGUCAAUGAUGACAAAUACAGAACUCGCUUGCACCAAUGGACCUGCCUUCCUGAUCAGAAUGAUGUCAUUCAGGCCCGUAAAGCGUAUGACUUAGCCAGCAAUUAUGUCUACAAAGCAGAUCUGGAAUGGAUUCGUGGUUGUGGAUGGGUGGCUGCUGAUUCUGUAGACCAUGUCAAAGUUAGAAAAGCCCAGGAGAUUUUAAAUGAUAGACAUUACAAGAAGGAUGCCAAGAACAACUUUGCUAGAUUCACACAUGUUGUGGAUCGUCCUGAGAUUCUCCUGGCCAAGGUUAACGCCGUAAACCUUAGUGAUCUGAAGUACAAGGAAUCCUUUAACCUGGAGAAGGGCCACUACAUUGGAUCUGACGAUACACCACAAUUGGCUCACUGUAGAGAGGUCGCAAAGGUCAUCAGUGAGAAAUUAUACAAAAUUGGCUGGGAUGAAAGCAAAGCCACUGGUUACCAGCUGAACCAUGAAUAUAUUCCAGUACAAACAGCCAAGAGGAACAGAACAAUAGUCAGCGAUACCAAAUACCAUGAUGCCCAUGAGAAAGCCAAAGGCCACUACAUGGCUUCCACUCUCGUUGACUUCCCUGAGGUGGUCCGCUCUGGUCAGAUGGAGAAGAUGAAGAAUAUGAGAGAUUACCACAAAACCUACAAUGAAACCAAAACAAAGCUCCACAUUCCUGCUGAUAUGAUCAGCCAUGUGGUUGCUAAGAAAUGCCAGGACAUCCUGAGCGAUGUGCUAUACCGUACACGCCUUCACCAGUGGACAUGCCACCCUGAACAGAAUGAUGCCAUCCGUGCCCGCAAGGCAAAUGAGAUCUUGAGCGAUGUGUUCUACAAAGAAGACCUGAACUGGAUGAAAGGCAUUGGCUGUUAUGCCUGGGACACUCCUGAGAUUGUGCGUGCCAAGAAGUCAUAUGAGCUACAAAGUGAUAUUAAGUACAAAGCAGAAGGUAAAAAGGAAUGGAACAACUACUCCAUUGUGACAGAUACCCCCGUGUAUGUGACUGCCAUCUUGGGCCACACUUGGGCCAGUGAGUUGAACUACAGAGAGGCAUACCAUAAGGAGAAGCACAUUUACACCACUAUUCUUGACACCUAUGACUAUGCAAGAUGCUACAACCUGAAAGAGAUCUACAGCACCAAAGCAUAUUCUGCGGCUUGGGACAAGAUCAAAGCCAAGAGCUACUACAUCCCUCACGACUCCCAUGCCUUAGCCCAUGCCAAACAGCAGAAGGUCAUCUUGAGUAAUGUUAAAUACAAGGAAGAUUAUGAGAAGUUCAAGACCCUGUACAGCCUGCCUAAGUGUCUUGCGGACGACCCAGCUACAGAAAGAUGUAUCAAAGCUGGAAAACUCGUACUGGAUCGUCUGUACAAAGACAACUAUGAGAAGACCAAGGCAAAGGUCCAUGUACCUCCAGACAUGCUUGACAUAGUAUCUGCACGCAAAACUCAGAAGACGGUCAGUGAGGUUGACUACCGUAAAUACCUGCAUCAGUGGAUCUGCCUGCCUGAUAUGCAGGUGUACGUGCACGCCCGCAAGGUCAACGAGCAACUAAGCGACAUCUUCUACAAGGAUGACCUCAACUGGUUGAAAGGUAUUGGCUGCUACACUUGGGACACUCCAGAGAUUCUUCGUUGUAAGCAAGCCAUGAAUCUGCAGAGCGAUAAUCUGUACAGAGCUAAAGGAAUUGAACACUUCAAGCAGUACUCUGUUGUCACGGAAACCCCUGUCUAUGAGACAUGCAAGCAGAGUGCUUAUAACUUGAGUGAUCUCAAUUACCACCAUGACUACGUCACAAACGUCAAGGGUAAAAACACUGCACCUGCUGUGACUGUUGAUACCGAAAGGGCUCGCCAAGCCAACUACAUCCAGAGUGAUAACUUCUACAAAGAGGCCAAUAAGACCUUUAUGCCUACCGGUUACUCUCUUCCUUACGACACUCCUCUCAACAAUCAGGCCAAGGCUAACAGUAUUGUCGCCAGCAAUGUGAAGUACAGGGAAGUCUAUGAUCAGAUGAAAGCCAAGAGCUACACCAUGGAUCCUCAAGGCGUCAACUUUGUCACCAUCAGGAAGGCAAACAAGGUCACCAAUGACCGACUAUAUCGUGAGAAAUAUGAGAAGGAAAAGGACAAGAUCCAUUCUGAGUAUGACACCCCUGAGAUCAGACAGGUUAAGGCCACUCAGCAGGCUAUCAGUGAUCUGUGCUACAAAGAGAAGUACUUCAACAGCAGAGGAACUCUUCUGCCCAUGCCCAUCACCCCAGAGCUAAUGCACUGCUUCCACGUCAAUGAGCUCAACAGUGAUCUGAAAUAUAAAGAGGAUCUGCUGUGGCUGAGAGGCAUUGGCUGCUUCAUGGCAGACUCCCCAGAGAUGGUCAGAAUCCGUGAGAUCACCAAGUUUAAGAAAUCAUAUGACAUUGACGCCAAGAAGAACUUUUCCAACUUCAGUGUAGUCCUGGAUACACCAGAGUACAAGCGUGUGACUGAGCUCAAGACCCACAUCAGUGAUCUGGUGUACCGUGCUGAUGGCCUUAAGGAGAAGACAAAAUGCACAACCACACUGGAUGGACUGGAUAUUCAAAGAGCCAAAUGGGCCCAGAAUCUGACCAACAAAUACCAGUAUGUUGAUCUGGCAUCCAAGGAGAGGGCCUUCUUCACCCCAGAGUCACAUACUCCCCUCAUGGAUCAUGCUCGGUCCAUGAAGGUGGUAUACAGUGAGAACAAGUACAAGGAACAGUAUGAGAAGAUGAAGCACAGGUACACUUCCAUUCAUGACACACCCAUCCUGAUUCGUUCCAAGAAAGCCUACCUCAAUGCCAGCGAUUUGCGCUACAAGGAGACCUUUGAGCUGGCCAAGGGACACUACCAUGCUGACAAGGAUGCCCUGGAUAUUCUUUGUGCCAAGAGGGUCAGGGAUGACAUCAGUGAGGUUAAAUACAGGGAGAAGUACAUCAGUACAUUGGGCACCUGGAAGUCCAUACCAGACCGUCCUGAGUUCCUCCACAGCAGGGUUGUGAGGGACUGCAUCAGUGACGUCAAGUACAAAGAGGAUCUUGACUGGAUCAAGGGUAUCGGCUGCUACGUGUGGGACACACCUGAGAUGGUGAAGGCAGAGGCAAACAAGAUCCUCUACAGCGAAAGACUCUACAAAGCAUCUUUUGAGAAGAACAGAGGCAACUUCAAGUACACAAGUGACACGCCAUUCUUCGAGGCUGCCAAGAAUGCUUCUCUUCUGAUAAAUAAUGAAAAAUAUAGAUUCAAGGCCAAGGAAUUAAACAAGAGUGGCUGCAAUGAGCUGCUCCGCCCUGACAUCCUCAAUGCCGUGUACAACUCCGGCAUGAGGAGUAAGUGGAAGUACAGAGAGCAAUAUGAACGUGUUAAGUCGAAAUACACAUCAGUGCUGGAAACCCCUGAUUACCAAGUUGCCAAGCGCAGCAAGCAGAUCAGCGAUAUCAUCUAUAAGAUGGAAUACAACAAGAACAAAGCAAGAGGUUACACACUUGGACAUGACACUCCUCUGAAUCAACAUAUGAAGAAAGUUAAAGAGAUUACUAGCAAUCUGAAAUACAAGGAAAUAUAUGAAAAAAAUAAGGCUCAUAUCAACAUUGCUCCUGACGCUCAUGAGAUUCGUGCAGCCAAAGAGGCCUACAAGAACAUCAGCAAUCUUGAUUACAAGAAGAAGUAUGAGGCCACCAAGAACAAAUGGAUCUGGACUGUGGACAGACCUGAUUUUGUCCAUGCUGCCAAGAACAGCUUCCAGCAGAGUGACGUUGAGUACAAGUAUGAUAAGGAAAUGUUGAAGGGCUGUGUAAUGUCCAUCACAGAUGAUAAAUUAACACUUCUGGCUAAAAAGAAUGCUGAUCUCGCCAGUGAUGUGAAAUACAGGGAGAAGUAUGAGAAGGCCAAGGGCCACUACCUGGCAGUUAUUGACACUCCUCAGAUCCUUCAUGCUAAAUCAGUGGCUAAUCUUGUCUCUGAGAGCAAAUACAAGGAGGCUAGUAAGAAGGAUCAUCAGUCUGGCGGCUUCACCACUCUUGCUGUAACCCGUGACACUGCACACAGCAAAGAAGUUGGCAAAAUCACAAGUGAUAAACUGUACAAGGAGAAGUUUCAGAAGGAGAAAGGCAAGUCCAAUUACAACAACAUGGCUGUUCCACCCGAAGUAAAACAUGCCAUAGAUGUGGCCAAGAACCAAAGCAAUAUUGCCUAUAAGCAGGAGGCUAAAGCCAAGUUGACGUACACCUCAGUCGCUGACCGUCCAGACAUUAGGAAAGCCACUCAAGCUGCUAAGCUUGUCAGUGAGGUGGGUUACCGUGACAAGGCUCGGCAGGAGGCAAGCCGUGGUGGAACACUGCUCGGCCGCCCUGAUAUUGCUCUUGCCACUGAGGUGUCUAAGCUGACCAGCCAGGUGAAGUACAAGGAGAAGUUUGAAGAGAUGAAAGGAAAGAAACCACAGUAUGACUUGAAGAACAGCAAGAUUUAUCAAACUCUGAAGGAUGCUAAUGAACUUGCAAGCGAGGUGAAGUACAAAGGUGACCUAAAGAAGAUUCACAAACCUGUUACGGACAUGGCAGAGUCCCUGUCCAUGCUGCACAACCUGAGCACCAGCAAGCUGUCCAGUGAUUACCAGUACAAGAAGAAGUUUGAGGAGAGUAGGGGUCACUACCAUAUGAUAUCCGACACACCUGAGCAGCUUCACCACAAAGAGGCCUCAGAGCUUCAGAGUCACGUGAAGUAUAAGGAAAAAUAUGAGAGAGAAAGAGGCAAAGCCAUGCUAGACUUUGAGACACCCAUUUAUGUGACUGCUAAGGAGGCUCAACAUCUGCAAAGUCAGAAAGAGUAUAAGAGGGACUUUGAGGAGUCAAUGAAAGGAAAAAACCUCUCUGGGUUGGAGGUCACCCCUGCCAUGAUACAUGUCAGACACGCUACGAAAAUUGCUAGUGAGAAAGAGUACAGGAAGGAUCUAGAGGAAGGGGUGAAGGGUAAAGGGCUUACAGUCCUGGAGGAAACUCCUGAGUUACUGAGAGCAAAGAAUGCUACUCAGAUCCUGAGUGAGAGAGAAUACAAGAAAUCAAUGGAGCAAGAGAUCAAGGGAAAAGGAAUGCUGGCUUUGGCUACUGACACCCCAGACUUCUUAAGGGCAAAGAAUGCCACAGAUAUCCUCAGUCAGUCCAAGUACAAGCAGGAAGCUGAGCACGACAGAGCCACAUACACCACAGUCCUUGACACCCCAGACAUCCUCCACGCUCAGCAGAUCAGGAAUAUUGUGAGCCAGAAAAAGUACAAGGAGGAGGCUGAGAAGACCAUGUCACACUAUGUGCCCGUUUUUGACACUCCUGAGAUGCAGAGAGUGCGUGAGAACCAGAAGAACUUCAGCACCCUUCAGUACCAGAUUGACCUAAAAAACAGUAAGGGCAAAGUUUCAGCAGUAAAGGACACCCCUGAAAUGCUUCGUGUUAAAGAAAAUACAAAGAAUUUCAGCUCGAUCCAAUACAAGGACGAGCUGGGGCAAGGAACAUCCAUAUCAGAAACGCCUGAGAUGGAGAGAGUUAAACGCAAUCAGGAGGCUAUUAGCACGAUUAAAUACAGGGAUUCACUAGGUCAAGGCAUAUCUAUACCCGACCUUCCUGAAGUGAAGCGUGUGUGGCAGACUCAGAAGAACAUCAGCUCGAUCCAAUACAAGGAAGAUUUGGGAGGAGGAACAGCCAUAUCAGGAACCCCUGAGAUGGAGAGAGUUAAACGCAAUCAGCAAAUAAUUAGCACGAUAAAAUACAAGGAUUCGCUUGGUCAAGGCACGGCCAUACAGGACCUCCCAGAAGUUAAGCGCAUCAGAGAGAAUCAGAAGCACAUCAGCUCGGUUUUGUAUAAGGACCCAUCUGCUAAAGGAACACCUGUGAUAUUCACUCCAGAGAUGGAGCGGGUCAAACGGAACCAAGUACAAAUUAGCUCGGUCCUGUAUUCUGACAGCUUCCGUAAGCAGGUGCAGGGUAAGGCCGCUUUUGUUCUGGACACCCCUGAGAUGAGGCGUGUUAAAGAAACCCAGCGUAAUAUCUCUGGAGUCAGAUACCACCAGGAAUUUGAGAAGAGUAAAGGCAGCUUCACUCCCACCAUCAGUGACCCCAUAACUGAGCGUGUAAAGAGGAACACCCAGGACUUUAGUGACAUCAACUACCGCGGCAUCCAGAGACGUGUGGUGGAAAUGGAGAGAAGACGUGCAGAGGAACAUGAUCAAGAGACCAUCACAGAUCUGCGUGUAUGGCGCACAAACCCUGGUUCUGUCUUUGACUAUGACCCUGCCGAGGACAACAUCCAGUCCAGAAGUCUUCACAUGAUGUCAGUUCAAGCACAACGCCGCAGCAAGGAGCAUUCCCGCUCUACCAGUGCAAUGAGUGGGGUGGGCGAUGAGAAGUCAGAGGUGUCUGAGAACGUAGACCACCAUGCAUCCCUCUACAGCAAUGGAUUUGGAGCGUCUUUAGGCUACAAGCAGGCCAAGACUGUUGAGGUUCAGCAGAGGUCCUCUUCUGUGGCUACACAGCAGACCACUGUUUCUUCUGUACCCUCACAUCCCUCAACCACUGGAAAAUCUGUCCGUGCUAUGUACGACUACUCUGCUGCUGACAAUGAUGAGGUCUCCUUCAAGGAUGGUGAUGUCAUUGUGAAUGUGCAGUCCAUUGAUGAGGGUUGGAUGUAUGGCACUGUGCAGCGUACUGGAAAGACUGGUAUGCUGCCUGCCAACUACGUGGAAGCCAUCUAAGUAAAACCACUCCCAUAUCAAACUCCCUGUGGAAUGUGGGGGAUUUGAUAACCACUGGGCUUUAAGACAUUCAGACUGAAAAAGGCUUGUUUUAUGUGUACCUAAUGUUAGUAAGAGUUUAUCUAACAUCUUGUUUGUCCUCAAUGUAACACAUGACAUUUCAUUUGUGCCCAUGCCACGAAACCUUUUGUGGUUGUGGUAUGAGAAACUGACAAAACUAUACACACCUAUUUAAGUCAAAGAAAACUGUAUUUACCUUUUUUGUUCCAAGUCUAGUACAACAGUUACGUAACAGGAGCCCAUUAUUUUUGUAUAUUGUAAUCACACUACAUUCAAAAAUCAACAUAUUUUUGAAAAGCCAUCUUUAAAGUUUCAAAAAUAAAAACUUUUGCACAAGAGAUGGGCUCAAAAUAAAAAAGAAUUCAACUUGCAAAUGUUGAGGAAUCAAAAUCAAUUCCUCUGAAGUAAAAAAAAAAAAAAAAAAAAAAAUUUAAACAAGCCUCUCCCUCGCUGAAGGCUGGCCACUAUUUGCAUGCGUGUUUUGUUUGCUUGAUUCUGUAGGUGUGGGGUUAGAGGAAGAUGUAUACCUUGAAUCAGUAACUAAUAAAGCACACCACGCUUCUGCAAUAAA